AUGAUGAACCUAGCUCAUCGAAAGACCAAAGAUGAGAGGCAUGUGACGAGGACGGACUCUUUCUCCAAGACGAAGCGGGCCCGCAAGGUUGUGAUGCCACCACUUGUUCAUCAUCAAUGGCGCAAGAUCGUGGUGGCUGUGACUUUCAUUGGCCUGUUCCACAUUACGCUUGUGCCCAUGCUCCUUCAUUCGUGGGGAAGCUCCACUUCGUCGCGCCAUUUGAGUAUUCGGCGUCAUAUGGAAGUUCACAUUGCCCCCGAUCUCCCCAAGGAGGACUCGCCGUGGUAUCCAAUUGCCUUGGCCGCAAAGAAUGCUGAACGAAACAUUCUCGAUUUCUUUCAUGGUGACGAACGUUCUCUUGAAAAUGGAACACCCGUCGGAGGAAGUGAAGAGUCAAUGCUUCUUCUGACCAAACGACUGUCGAGAAAGAUUGCUCUCUGUCAUGACGCUAGCAGAAGCAAAUCCCAACAUGACGAGGACUGUGCCUUGCGAGUCGCUUUUAUCGGAUCGGCACAAAUGGCGGGACGGGAUGUGUUCUACAAAGACACAUUUCCAUUCAAGACAGAGCAGCGUUUGCGUCCGAUCGCACAAGCAGCUGGCCUGAAGCUUCAGGUCAUGAACCACGCCCAGGAUAAUGAUAUCAGUAGAGAAGGUCCCCAGAAAGCCCACAUGUGUGUCUCCAACUUGAUUGGCAAGUCAAUCGAUGUCAUUGCAUGGGAUCUCGAUGAGUCCAUGCAAAAUGACCCACCGGCUCAAUUUGAAGCUUUCGUGCGCUGGGCAUUCGCUUCCGACCCGGCCAUGAUACUGGUCAAUCGAGGUGGACCACACGGUCGAUCGCGCAGGGGAAAGAAGAAGAAAGUUAUUGGCAUUGGAGUGGGACACGACGCGGAGAUAUGGGACGACAUGGAAAACAUUCCAGAGCAAAGAGAAGAAGACUACAUUGGAUCUGACAACUGGAAGAAAAAGUGGGAUGAAGGAAGAAAUUCUUUCUGGUCUGAAAUAUUUGAUAAGUACUCUCCCAUGGUUGACUUCGUUGGAGUUGAUCCUGUUGGCUCUAUUUGGCAUUUGGAUCAUUUGCAAUCUUUCUCCAAUGCAGCAUUUGAUACUGGGAAGGCGCUCCCCCUCCUUGAUUGUGGACAAGAACACGAAGCACCAUGUGAUCAAAUCCCACCCUUCAUUGCGAAGAAGCUGGCUGCAAAGAACGUCUCCCUUGACAGCUUUCCUCAGGAAGCUAUUAGUGGCGGCGAAGUUUGCGGUGCCCUCUACGGUUGUCGUCAUAUCUGGUACGGCGGAACACGCUCUCAUGAACUGCGAGGUGAACUUAAUGCACUGCCCAUCGUCCGUGCUUUGAGAAGCGCCGCAGGAAUCCUUUCCUCGCCCACCGGAAUCGAGGACAUGAUGCUCGAGAUUCAAUCUAGCGAGAAGCAAAGCAAACAACGGGCCCUAUCACUGAAGUCGUUGCCGCCGCCCACUUUCUGUUCAGAGGUUUUCUGCAAUCGUAUUCCAAACUGCAUUACAAGUUAUUUGCCCAACCUGGGUCUCGAGCUGAAAGAUGCCAUACAACAUAGCGAAGAGGGAGACAACACGUUUGCUCCUGCUGAUCCCAUGCCGAGAUUGGGAGGUGCUCAUUUUGCGGAUGAUCCGGAGUGGGCAGUCGACAACUUGGAGAAGCGAAAUCUGCCUCUUGGGUAUACAGACCGCAAGCAUGCUUAUAGACUCUCCCUUGGAGACGGAACGAAACGCUUGCGCCCAGGAGCGAACAAAAAUGCAACAGAGGAGGAAUUGGAAUACGAACCUGAAGAUGCAGCCACGGCAUCUGUGGCCUUUACAUCGAACGGCAACGGCCCUGUGGUUCUCUGCGAGCCACCAUGCUUCAUCGACUCCUGUGCAAAGAGGCGUAGAAUGCCAAUGUUUCAGCAUGUGAUCCUCGAGCUCGACGGGCAACAGCUUGAGGUACCCAGCAUUCAGAAGCCACCAGUCGAAGUGAGCGGGGCUCUUUGCAAAAUCAUAGCGGAUGAGGUCUCCGAGGGAAGCCAUGUCCUGAGAAUUACGACCAUGACCAAGUAUCCUUUCCAUGUCCUUUUCUCUCACGUCAUUGCUUUCUUCUAA